GUCAACAACUUUGGGGGUGUGUUGAAGCGGGUUUCACCCAGGGCGCCAUACAAGCUAGAACCGCCACUGGAUGUGAUCCAAAGUGCAUUUGAACAGCGGUGAAACACUUUCUUAUGAUGUGUUACAUUCAUAGGAGCAGACAGAAAAAGAAAAUGUACAUGUAACAAGAUGUACGGCAGCGGAUCCGGGUGGCGGAGGACGAAUCUCAAUUACCUCUGCAUCUGAGACCGUCAAUCUACGCAUCUUAUCACGUGGCUUGUUGAGCGUGUUACUGCUGAAACGUAGUGCGUGUGGAGGUUUCACACUAUUCUCUGCCGCACAACUCACCACGCGCCCCACCAAGAAUGAGAACCACACAUUAUAUCAACCAUGAGGAGCAUAUACGCGCAGUAAACCCUUUACAUUCUCAAAAACACUGCCUGUCAUCCAUGUACCAUACUGCCAUAAUGAAUCUUAUAACAGCAUUUUUUCUUCUGUUCCUAACAGGACACAGCACAUGUCAGAAUCUGCAGGAACUCUAUUGUCCUUAUGAAUCUAAGAACACUUAUCAGACCAGGGUUUGGUGCAAGAAAGAUACCGAAAAUGGAACCUGCUGCACAGGCUUCUCAUUCAGGCCAAAUGUCAGCAUUUUGGAAAACGGUAAUGUUUAUGUAAAAGAUGAUGGAAAAGCUUUCACUGUCUUGGUACUGACACUGACCCAAGGAGAUGGAGUCUACUGGUGUGGGUUGAGGGCUGAAGACAAUACCAUCAUAAAACUGGCAGAGGAUUACUUUUACAUUACUCCACCAAACUUUGUGUGGUCAAUCCUCCGCUGGAUUUUUUUUCUUUUACUGCCUUUGAUGUCCAUCUCAAUUUACAUUUAUUCAAACAGGAAAUAUGGAGAUACAAAGAAAACAAAUGAAAAUAUUAUGCUGUCUGAUGCCAUGUAAAGCGGGUGGAAGAAGGCGGCAACCGCAUUUGCUGAAGAAUAAUGAAAUGAUAGGGCGUCAGAUACGCCAUCAAAUGUAGAUUAUGUUUGUACUUAAAAAGAAAUACAUUUAGGCACAGUUCCUAAUUGUUGUACUUCCCUCUAAAUUGCAUUUUAUAUAUAUGUAUAUAUAUAUUUCAACUCCCAGAUUUAAAAUUGUCUAUUGAAGAGGGGUAAUAAUUUUGUUCCAUUUGCUUUGUUAAAUGUGACGCUUUCAAAUGACCCGUUAUUGCAUAUAUCAUUCAUGUAAAAUUUAAACUGUGUAAUCAUUAAAGGAAACAAAAAAAUACACAUUUUAAAUUUUUAUUUUGUUUGCUGUAAAAUAAAUAUGCCUUAUAUCUUAUAAAA